AGAUAGUAAUUAUGUAGGUAUUUAUUGGUUUGUCAGUUGUUACUUGUUAUUUGUUCUAGUUUUCGGUGAAACGUGGAUUCAACAAGUGUAUUGGGUAGUUCAAUUUUUUCAACACCAUGGUCACAUUAAAGUUUUAUUAUGACUUUUUGUCACAACCAUGCAGAACUUUGUACAUAUUUAUGAAGAAAACCAAAAUCCCGUUUGAACCAAAACCAGUAAAUUUGAGACAAGGAGAGCAUCUCACUAAAGAAUUUGUAAGCUUAAAUCCGUUCAAGAAAGUACCUUUUAUUGAUGACAAGGGAACAGUUUUAAUAGAAAGUGUUUCAAUAUUACGUUAUUUGUGUCGAACAUAUAACGUAGCUGACCAUUGGUAUCCCAAAGACAUCCAAAGGCAGGCUCUUGUUGAUCAAUAUUUAGAGUGGCAACAUAAUAAUACUAGAGCUCAUUGUACUGAGUAUUUUCGGCACAAGGCAUUAUGGCCGCUAAAAACUGGCCGGGAAGCAAAUACUGAAAAGGUUACAGUACUAGAAAAUAGAAUGAUUGAAAAUCUAAAUUUAUUAGAAAAUAUCUGGUUAAAAGAUAAACCAUUUUUGUGUGGAGAUGAAAUUUCUGUAUCUGAUCUUGUCGGUGCAUGUGAAGUAGAACAACCAAGAAUUGCUGGUUUUGAUCCAUUAGUGGAUCGUCCAAAUUUAACCAAAUGGAUAGCUAGAGUUCAAUCAGAGUUUUCUCCUUAUUACGAAGAAGCACAUCAAGUAAUCGAACAAACUGCUGAUGAAUACAAACGUUAUGUCAAUGAAUUAAGUAAAAAAAUUAGUCUGAACAAUAUGGCAAAAUUAAUAUAUUAUCACAACUUAUUGUCACAACCGUCCAGAGCAUUGUACAUGUUUUUUAAAAAAGCCGAAGUUCCAUUCGAAGGAAAGGUCGUGGAUUUACUGAAAGGAGAACAGUUCACAGCCGAGUUUGAAGCCAUAAAUCCAUUUAAAAAAGUACCAGUCGUCAACGCUAAUGGAUUUGUUCUUAUUGAAAGCAUAGCAAUUUUGCGUUACAUUUGUCGUACUUAUAACGUGGCAGAUCACUGGUACCCUAAGGACUCUGUGAAACAAGCACAAGUAGAUGAAUACCUUGAGUGGCAGCAUACAAAUACUAGAGCUGAUUGUGCUCUCUAUUAUUUACAUAAAGUUUUGUGGCCAGUUAUGAAUGGAAAACCGGUAAAUGAACAGAGAGUCGCUCAAUUAGAAAAAAAAAUGAUCACAACUCUAGACCUAAUAGAAAACGUUUGGCUGAAAAAUAAAACGUUUUUGAGUGGAAAUGAAAUUUCCAUUUCUGAUAUUAUUGCUAUUUGUGAAAUCGAUCAAACAAGAAUAGCUGGUUACAAUCCAUAUGCCAAUCGUCCAAAUUUAUCUAAUUGGAAAAUGAGAACGGCAACAUAUUUAAGCCCGUAUUAUGAAGAGGCCAAUGAAAUACUUGAAAUGCAUGUUGCUAAAUAUAAUAAAAAAUAUGGUAAAUUAAAUUCGCACAUUUAAUUUUACUUAUUGUACAAAUAAUGUCUUGUGCAAUAUUGAUUAAAUGUAGUAUAAUAUAGUUGCUUAUGGUUCUUUUUGUAUUUUGUAUGAGAACACAUUUUAAAUGUUUUUAUUUUUGUUCGUGUUAAGAGCCUUUGCUUGUUAUUUUAGUAAUUAUAAUUUUCAUAUGAUAUGGGAAAUAUUUUUAUAGUUUAUAUUAAUAGUUGGUUUUUAUUUUAUGAAAAAAACUUUUUUUGAAUAUCUUAUGAUCACCCUAUUUAGGCAUCAAGUAUUAUAAAUUGGCAUAUGUCAAUGUAAUUUUAUUUCUCCUCAUAUUUAAUUUUUACAUUUAGUGUUUUUUAACGGCACCAAUGAAGAUAAUUUAUAUUUUUAUUACCUUUAUGGCUACAUUUUUAACCAUGUCUCAUUUUUGUAAAUUAUAAUUAGAGCGAGGACUUAUAAUCUCUUAAAAUAGACAAAAUAUGUUGCUUAUAUUCUCUUAAAAGCUUGUAUAUAUGCUAUUUUAUAAAUUAUUUUAUAUUAUAUUAAUUUUUUUUUAAUCAAAAUAUGUACUUAUAUGCAAAAUUGCAAAACAAAUUUAAUAAAUAAUAACAUUAUAUUUUUUAAA